GUUGGUCAAUCGCCGAACUUACCGCCGCGCCGGCCAUGGACGGGCACGUCCGGCGGCUGCUGAACCGCGUGUCGAUCGCCCUGGCGGCCGUCGCCACCGCCGCGCUGCUGCAGCUCUUCCGCCACUCGUCCUCCUCCUGCUUCGUCGGCUCCCCUGCCUAUUCGUCCCUAUCGCUGGCGCCCUUCCCGCGCACCUCGUGCGACGCUGCGUCCCGCCGCGUCGUCGACCCCAACCUCCGCCUCGCCAAGCUCCGGUCCUCGCCGCGGUGGCGGCGCCGCAGCGCAGCCCUCUCCACAUCCGUGUUCCCACGACUCCGCCGGCUGCGCCUCCUCCGCAGAUCGUCCCGCGUCCUCUGCGUGGCCGCGGGCGCGGGGCAGGCGGUCGACGCGCUCCACGUGGCCGGCGUUGGGGACGCCACCGGCGUUGAUCUUGUUGACUUCCCUCCCCUGGUAAGGCGCGCGGACCCGCACAAUCUCCCGUUCUUCGACGGCGUGUUCGACGUCGUGCUCUCCGACGAACCGAUGGCGCUCACCGGCGCGCUCUUCCCGUCCCGGUUCGUGGCCGAGGCCGAGCGCACCGUCCGGUGGGGCGGCGCAAUUGCUCUCGCCAUCGAACGGCAUAUCGAUCUCUCUACCGUCGCCUCCCUCUUCAAAAAGUCACGCGUGGCGGCGGCUUGGAAUGCUACCUUGGAUGGCUCAGCGGCGACCAUGGUAAUCUUAAGAAAAAAUAGCAACAAUACAAAACAGCAUUGAUCCGCAAUCGUUUACUCUUGUUUACAUUGCAAGUUAAUGUGGUAUUGUAUGGUCUUUAUAGAUUUGUUCGAAAUUGGACAGGAUAACUUACGUGAAAUUGCCAAGUGAACUACUAGUUGUGAUUCA